AUGACUCGGCCAUCAACUUUUCUGGAACCUGGCGACAAGACGUCUGCCGGGACGCUCGCCAUUAUCAGCUUAUCGCGCGACAACUUCCUGCCGCUGACGCUGGAGAAGUCGACUGGCGCAGUCGACGGCUACCUCGAAGGGGCGACAUUGAACACACGAUUUGGGUCCUAUCCGCACUCAACGCUACUCGAUGUGCCAUGGGGCUCUCAGGUUCGCGCGUCGAAUGUCGAUACGGGCUCCCGAGGCAAGAAACGGAGACGAGAUGCCACCGAUGAAGACACGCCGAUACCCAGCCAAGACGACGACGAGGAUUCCACGACUGCCAAAGCACCGGUGAAGAAGGCUACCACAGCCCCGAGCGGCUUCAUCUACGUUCUGCGCCCGACUCCCGAGCUGUGGACCACCAGCUUACCCCACAGAACCCAAGUUGUCUACACGCCGGACUACAGCUAUAUCCUACACAGAAUACGGGCCAGACCUGGAACGAGAAUCAUCGAGGCUGGCGCUGGAAGUGGCAGCUUUACACAUGCAUCAGUGAGAGCGGUCUACAACGGCUACCCUCGGGACGCGAGCGAUACGAGAGGCAAGGUGUUCAGCUUCGAGUUUAACGAAUCGCGGUACGAGAAGAUGCAGGUGGAGAUUGAGCAUCACGGGCUCGACGGCCUCGUUAGGCUGACACAUCGUAAUGUGUACGAUGAUGGCUUCAAUGUCAACGGCGAGUCACCAAAUGCAACAGCCGUGUUUCUAGAUCUGCCUGCCCCGUGGGAGGCUUUACAUCAUCUAUCAAGGAGGAAAAUCCAAAAGGGGGGCAAAGAGGUCGAUGACGAGGAUGGCAGCUGGGUGUCGCCCCUGGAUCCAAAGCAGAGUGUCUACAUCUGCACCUUUUCGCCCUGCAUAGAACAGGUUAUGCGAACCGUUACGGAGCUGAGGACCUUGGGCUGGGUAGAUGUGGACAUGGUGGAGAUUGCGAAUCACAAGAUCAACAUAUCAAGAGAGCGCGUCGGAGUGAACUAUCCCACAGAGAAGGGGUACAAUUCCUCUCCCGCCGACGUCUCGGAAGCUGUCACGAAAUUACGGAGCCUUGCGGAAAGGAACAAGGAGACUUCUAGAGUGCAAGCGCUACAGGCCGGCGCGGAUGGCGUUGACAGCGAAAUGGACGUCGACUCGACUCCCAGCCGCGAAAACCCUGCGAAAACCAAUGGAUCUGCCGAAGAUAUGGAGAAGCCUUGGAUGCAGGGCCGGCUCGUCCACAGACCGGAGAGCGAGCUCAAAACGCACACUUCAUAUCUAGUCUUUGCCAUCCUGCCGUGCGAGUGGGACGAGGAAGCCGAGGCUGCGGCUAUGGCGAAAUGGCCAUGCGGAAACGAGAAGAAGACGAUUGGAAACCUGGACAAGCAGGCCCGCAAGGAGGAGAAGAGAAAGAUGCUAGAAGGGAAAUCCAAGAAGCAGAAGAAGGGAGGCGAUACCCAGACAACAGCAACAACAACGGUUGUGGUUUCGGCUACGGCGACACCAACCGACACGGCGUAA